AUGCUCAUAAUAUUCGCCGUUGAGCUGUCGGUUCGUGUCAUCGACAGCAUUGGCGCAGCGACGAUCAACAACCUGCUAUGGACUCUUCUCAGCUACCUGCCCCUCGAAAGCUCCAGAGCGGCGACGAAGCAUAGACAACUGCAGACCGACUAUAUGAAGAUUCGCAAAGAAAUGAACGGCACCAGCAGUCAGGAUCAGUUUGCGAAGUGGGCAAAGCUUAGGCGAAACCAUGAUAAGAUGCUCGAGCAACUGGAAAGCAGCAAAAAGGCACAGGAGGCCUCGCGAUCCAAGUUCGACAGUUAUCUUACUGGCAUUCGCAUGCUUGUCACGCGAGUACCCCAAUACGCCUUACCAUUCUGGUAUGGCAAGCAGCCUAUGUUCUGGCUGCCAUACGGCUGGUUCCCGUACUACGCUGAGUGGCUUCUGUCCUUCCCCAAGGCCCCGAUCGGAAGCGUGAGCAUCGUCUCGUGGCAGCUGGCAUGCACAGGCAUGCUUGCCUUGAUCAGCGAGAUGAUUACAUCCCUCGUAGGGCUCGUCUUUACGAAAAGUCAGGCCAAGGCACAGCCUGCCCGGGUUCCUGUCCCAGCGACUGCUGAUGAUGACGGCUCUGGUGAAAAGAAGGAGCUGUGA